AUGCAUAGGGUGGAGGGUGGAGUAGAGGGUUGUCGCCCUCCCCUCCAACCUCCCCUCCUCUUCACCCUCAUCAUACCACACCUCUCCUCCGCUCCACCCUCUACUCCAAACUCCCCUCCUCUCCAUCCUCAUCAUACCUCACCUCUCCUCCGCUCCACCCUCUACUCCAACUUCCCCUCCUCUCCACCCUCAUCAUACCACACCUCUCCUCCCUCCAACCUCUACUCCAACCUCCCCUCCUCUCCACCCUCAUCAUACCACACCUCUCCUCCGCUCCAACCCUCUACUCAAAACUCCCCUCCUCUCCACCCUCAUCAUACCACACCUCUCCUCCGCUCCACCCUCUACUCAAAACUCCCCUCCUCUCCACCCUCAUCAUACCACACCUCUCCUCCGCUCCACCCUCUACUCCAACCUCCUCCUCUCUCCACCCUCAUCAUACCACACCUCUCCUCCGCUCCACCCUCUACUCCAACCUCCCUCCUCUCCACCCUCAUCAUACCACACCUCUCCUCCGCUCCACCCUCUACUCCAACCUCUCCCUCCCCCAUCCCUCAUCAUACCACACCUCUCCCCCGCUCCACCCUCUACUCCAACCUCCCUCCUCUUCACCCCUCAUCAUACCACACCUCUCCUCCGCUCCACCCUCUACUCCAACCUCCCUCCUCUUCACCCUCAUCAUACCACACCUCUCCCCCGCUCCAACCUCUACUCCAAACUCCCUCCUCUUCACCCUCAUCAUACCCACCUCUCCCCCGCUCCAACCUCUACUCCAAACUCCCUCCUCUCCACCCUCAUCAUACCACACCUCUCCUGCGCUCCACCCUCUACUCCAACCUCCCUCCUCUUCACCCCCUCAUUAUACACACCUCCCUCUCCCCUGCUCCAGCCUCUACUCCAAACUCCCCUCCUCUCCACCCUCAUCAUACCACACUUCUCCCCCGCUCCAACCUCUACUCCAAACUCCCCUCCUCUCCACCCUCAUCAUACCACACCUCUCCUCCGCUCCAACCUCUACUCCAAACUCCCCUCCUCUCCACCCUCAUCAUACCACACCCCUCCCCCGCUCCACCCUCUACUCCAAACUCCCCUCCUCUCCACCCUCAUCAUACCACACCUCACUGA